AUGUCAAUCGACUUGAACUGGGAAACGGUCACGGGCGGCCCCGAUGGGCAGGAACUGGCAUGCAAGAUCCGUGACUUCAUCCACACCAAGUUCCAGUCGGUGCCGCUGCCGCGCUUUAUCAAGUCCGUCACCGUUCACGAUUUUCAGUUCGGCACAAUCCCUCCCGAGAUCGAGCUCAAAGACAUCACCGACCCGCUCCCGGACUUCUACGAAGAUCAUGUCGACUCCGACUUAGCGUCGGACUCGGAGGGCGAGGAUAACCUCGCCGAUAGUCGGGUCCUGGAUGAGCGCCGCCGCCGUCAGGCGGAAUCCGAUGUCCUGGUCAGCGGCGCUCGGCACGUCAGCCAUCUUCCGCCGCACCUCUCCUUGGGCGGCCCCGGAGGUGGAAACUCCCGGAACGGAGACACUGGCAGCCCGUUUAUGCGCGUCUCUACACCCGGCAUUCCCGGGGGAACGUCCAACUUGCACUAUUUCCACUCGCACCUAGCCAGUGGGCUCUCGGGCACGCAGACACCGCUUGCUGCCGUGGCCAGCGCCCACCACCUGAAUACCGCCAACUGGCUUGAGGGCCACGGGCACAGCUCCUCGGUGCCGAAUUUGCACCACUACGCGGCCAACUACUUAGGCACCACUGAUGGUCAGGCACGCCAGAACUAUCCCCAGCCAAGCCACAGCCGCAACCCAUCGCAGAGCUCCAUCUCCAUUGCAGAUUAUAGUCCCACAGGCCACCUUGCCCCGCCGGCCUCGUCUGCUGUCCAUGGCCUCCCCUCCCUCAGGGAAAAGCACAGCGUCUCAACGCUUGCCCCAACUUCAGCCGGCGCGUCUCGCCCUCCGACUCGCGAUGCGGCAGCGACGCUGAUGGGCUCCGCCGUCGCGGAAGACAGCGACAGCCACAGCAGCCCCACUGGCAGCAGCGUCGCCGACUCAUCCCCUCAGGCUCAGGACCAGCAGGAGAACCAACCACGUCUUCGGGAACGACGGCUCGAGGACAUGCAAGCCGUCUUCCGGAUUCGCUACGCAGGCGACGUCAAGCUGCUGCUGACGGCCGACAUUCUGCUGGAUUACCCCAUGCCGAGCUUUGUAGGGAUCCCGGUGAGGUUGAGCAUCACAGGGCUGACCUUUGAUGGGGUUGGGGUGCUGGCUAAGAUCAGGAAGAGGGUACAUUUCUGCUUCCUGAGUCCGGAGGAUGCUGUUGCUGCGGUGGGUGAUGAAAACACCGAGGCGGAUGGAGCGGAUGGCCAUGGACAAGGGUCGCAGCGGGGUCCGGCUGGAGAACCAGGGAGCACCAAGCUCGGCGGCCUGCUGCAAGAGAUUCGAGUCGAGAGCGAGAUCGGGCAGAGAGAGAGCGGGAAGCAGAGCCUGAAGAACGUAGGCAAGGUAGAGAGGUUCGUGCUGGAGCAGGUGCGGAGGAUAUUUGAGGAGGAGCUAGUGUACCCGAGUUUUUGGACGUUUUUGGUCUAA